GUUUCAAGUAACGAACGGCGCAGAAACGAAGAAGGCAAAAGGCGAGAAGCUGCAAAGCAGGAACCGAAAAAACUACACUUUGUUCAUCGCGUAAAAGCUGCCAUUUUUCGUACGUAGUGUGAAAGAAGCUACAUUUUGUCCUAUCGAUUGUCGCAUAUUUUAAACGUGUUUCAGCUACGGGAAGUGUUUAGAAGUGCAUCCUUUGUACAGUAAAGUUGUCCUACCGAAUUAAGGCGUGAAAAUGUGGAAAUUUUUGGUCGUGUUCUGCUCGAAAAGCAUAAGCUAAUCAAAGUGCGAAAAAGUCCUUGAGAAAAUUUCUUCCUGCCGGUUUCCUUUUUCGGUUCCAGCCAGUGACCAAGCAAAAGGGGAUAGAGCGAGAAGGCAAAGUAUUUUGUGUGUGUUAAAUUAUCGCAGCUUCUCAAGAAAAUGUCAUCGAAGCUGCUGAAUUACCCAUCAGCCAGUUCAAACCCUCACUUGACCACCGGAUCGUCGGCUGGUUCGGCAGCAGGUAGCCGAAACGGUGGACACGGUUCGGCUCAGCUUAACUUUGAAAAUCUGCAGUUGGACGACAUUCUCUGUACCGUCUGUCAGUCGGUACUGGUCGAACCGGUGUUCCUACCGUGCCAGCAUCGUUUCUGUCGUAACUGUCUGAGCGGUACCAUCGAGAAAAACAAUCUAAACUGUCCGUGUUGUCGCAAACGGUUCGGCACCUGGUAUCGGAAUGCAUCCCGGGUGAACAAGCUGGUUCACGAGCAGCUAUGGAGUGCAAUACAGAGUCAGUUCCGGGACUAUCUGGAGGAGGACGGAGCACGGUGCAAUGGGAACGGAAGCACUGGAAGCUGCUUUGUGCCACAAAGUGAAAGCGUCAUCCACCUAAGCGAACCGGGAGAAAUUCGCAAAGAGUACGAAACCGAGCUUCAGCGGUAUCGCAAAGAACUAAUCGAGGACAAAAAGAAGGAGCUCGCAGCAUCGGAAAAAUACAUUAUAAACCUAUACAAGCAGGAAGGCAUCAUCGAUUUAGUAGAUAGCGAUCAUUUGUCCAUUUCGUCCUCCACCAGCACUCCGGAGCCAAAAAAGAAGCAGUCCCAGCCAGCAGCUAGUGACGUUCACGAAGUAGACGAUGACGAAGAAGCUGGUCCGUCGGGUUCGUCAUUCACGCAACCCAUGUCUAUCAAGGAGUGUCACAAAAGCAAUCCGCCGCAAUCGUCGAAUGUGGUCAGCAGCAGUAGUAGUCAAGUUAACGCUAGUCGUCCCGAGACGUCCAAAUCUGCGUCUAAUGGAAGUGUCAUUUCCAUUUCGUCGACAUCGUCUGCUUCUGCUGCAUCUUCCUCAUGCAUCUCGUCCGCUUCGAGUCGCUAUAGUCUAAUCAAAUCCGCUUCUCAGCAAGUCGGGCAUGGAGCGGAGAUCGUAAAGCAAAAGGUUCAUAACUCAAUUCUGAACAAGAUAUCGUCAUCCGGUGGUGGAGCGAAGAAAUCUUUCACCAUUGCUGAUUUGAACAAAAGUGAACUAUGUGUCAAACCCACGAAACUGCAUCGAAAGUCUCCAACUCAGACUGGAGACGAUGAUGAUGACGAUGACGACGCGGACGAUGGAGAUAGCUUGCGAUCGGAGUUGAACCACUUCAAACCGAUUAUUGCCACUACUCCAAAGAGCUGUUUUUCGUCCAAGGCGAUCAUACGUGUUCCUUCCAUCCGGCCGGAAACCGGCCCUUUGCCAUCGACAACUUCUGUCACCGAGUGUUUAAGCCCUAGCAAGAGCCACUUCAAACCGAUCGACCCAAUGACACCGCACCGAUCGGCCUUUUCCGUUGUGAAUGUUCAUCUAUUUACCCCACCAACGAUCGAUCAGGAGGAAAGCCAACAGAAAAAUCGAACGAGAGCAGUUGUCAAAAAGAGUGCACCACCUUCCGGGGUCAGCAGCAGUAGCAGCACCUCUGGUAGCACAGCCAAGUCAUCCAAAAGGCAGAAUAAGAAGAAAACCAGUCAACCGAAGGCGAAAGCUGUCCCAGGCGCAGCAAGCCGAAGGAAGCGGAAGCUGAAGUUUUCACCCCCGCCCAAAGCUAAGGUGAAAAAGAGCUCCCCGGACCGAGUACCGGCGGAAGUCGCCAAAUCUAGCAGAGUCACACGGCGAAGUGUUAACAACGAAGCUGAGCGUCUUAAAGAUCUUAUUGUCACCGAUCAGCAGCGGCGUGCGGCCAUGAUCGAGCAGGAACGACGUGAUUUUGAGUUCGCACAAAAGCUUCAGAAAAAGCUAAACCGCACAAGAGGAGCUAUGGCAGUGGUAUUCGAACCUACUACGAAGGAAUUAGCCUCAUCUACGUCUGCGCCAUCCAUGGUAUCGGCCAGAAGCCAAAACAGUGCAUAUUCGCUACGGCGAAAAACGUAUCCAACUUUUCAAGUGAAUAACCACCACCAGUACAUUGCAGAGCCGAGCUGCAAUAGUGAACCAGCCGAGUUGGAAGUAGCGGGGAAACGAAAGACAGACAUAGCUAACAGGAAACAACUUGCGCAAAGUGCAAAAAAGCCAAAGUUGGCAACGCAGGAACCCGUCGCCGCCGUCGAGGAAACUAACGUCGUCCGGCGAAGCACACGGAACAGACACUAGAGUUAGUUUGGUUCAUUGGCGCCCUGCCAGCUUCAAGGAUUGUGAUGUGAUCAACGUUAUCAGUUGAUGUAUAUGUGAUCUUGAUCUAAACACACACGCACUCACCCCCGCGCCGAGCUAGUCUGCGGCUGUGGAAGAAGUACGAUCGUGUGCGUGUGAGUGUGGGUUGUUCGUAAGCGUAAGUAAGUUGUGCGUGUUUGGUCUAUUUAUUCUAAUAAUUUUCAAACUCUGCUGGUUGGACUAUUAACUUCCUACAUUGUUUAUCUAAGUGAAAGUUGAUUUUGCGUUCUUUCUGUUUGAUCCUGAUUCGUGAAUUUGGAAAAGUGUCAGUAUGCUUUUAAUUUUAUUUCAUCGGUAUAUUUGAGUCUUUUACGUCAUAAUCAAAUAUUAUGCGGCAGUGUAUAAUAGUUAACACGUUACAUUAUGUGAAGAAAAACUAUCACCACAAACGAAAAAGUAAAUACAAAAGAUACAAAAUGCAUUCCUAACUAUUGACGUAAACUUGGUACUCCUGAUCCAGUUCCCAUCAACAAGAAGCGUAGCGUGUAAAAAAAGCCAUAUAAUGUUGUAGUAGACACAAGUUUCGAGCUAAAACGGUAGGAUUAUCCGUGUAGCAAAUGAACAAACAAUAAUUCGCAGUGGAACCAUUAACAAAUUAGGUAGGUUUUGGUGGAAUGGGAGCGCGUGCGGACAUCAGUCUUACUUUAGGUUUUUGCUGUAUAAGAAUUGUAUUGGUCAAGAGCCGCGUACGAGUGUAGAUGGUAUAGGAUGGGUUAGACACGUUUUCACUGAAUUAUGUUGUCCUGCGUAGGGUCAACUUCAGUGGAAAGCACUUUUCCAUAUAACGAAAUAUACUUCGUGAUAAAUUAGAAGACGGAUCGGAGCGCCAUAUAAUGUGGCUGCACUACGUUUGAUACACGAGUUUUGAUCUUUACAUCGCCCUGCAUAAUGUCUUGCUUAAGGUGUUUGUAUUGCUCACCAAAACAUUUGCUAUUCUGGGGUAAGGACGGACAACCCAUCGAAAGCUGUUUCCCUUGGGCAGUUGACACUGAACUGAUAUCAGCAAUCUUCAGGAUCUCGUACCCUGUCAAUUGUACAGUGGUAUCAGUAUACAUACCAGGCGAAGCUAGAAAUUUACGGAACAAACUACAGAAUUUAAUUAAAUAACUUCCACCAUUUUUCUCGCCUAUUAGUGGGGCUCUUCAAGUAGCAAUCGGCGUGGCAAUGAAAUUCUGGACGUAGCUAAAAGUCAACUGUCAUCAUCAUCAGCACCGGAGAACCCCCUUUCCUUAGAAGAAGCGCCUCAACAGCCAUUGAUAAGACGAUAUGUUCCAGCAUUAUUGCUAUUGAUCCCGACAAAGGAUUUCCUUAUAUGUAUCUACCCAUAUCAGCCACCCUAUCUCAACAACACGACGAAAGCGAUGGCUGGACAACCGAGCCCACUGAGAGGCAUAUGAAGUUGAGCAGCUCUCGAACCGGAAACCAGAAUUACAUGCCCGAGGCCAUUACAAAAUAUAUUGUUCAAAUCGCCUCCGCUAGAAUUCCCCGAACUAGCAGAGCAUUAUUACACUGGUGGAACAACAUGAUGAAAAUCUGUCCUGAAAGGCCGAAGACUUUUUCCAAGAACCCCACAAGAACAUUGACUAUGAAAGGAAAGCGCAGAUAACUACCGAAGCCUUAGAUACCGGGGAAGAAAGGCGACUGAGGAAGCAAAAUCAGUAAGUUUGAGGGGAGUUCCUCGAUGGCAUUAACCCGACUUCCUCCACUCAGGAGCUUUGUAGAAGGAUCAACGCAUUUAGCGACAAAUGCUGUCACACUAUGUUAUCUCUCAAUGUCAAGGGAACAAAAAAAAUUUGAUGCCACUGAAGUAGCAAACCAGAUCGAGAUCUAUUUUUAUGAGCUGUCAUCCGGUUAAUCUCUACCGCCAUCCUUUAGGAGACAUGCAAAGCCGGCAUAGAGGCAAACCCAGCGAGCUUUGGAUUCGAUUGUGGUCCGCCUCACAAUCAACCACUGUACUAAGCGCCGCACGCGAGAAAUCGACUGAACCAGACGAAGUUGAUUACCUUAGACACCUCCAAACAAGUCUAGAAAUGAGCGGACUUCCCAGAAACGUGACACUGGUCGGCUCUAUUUCCGCAAAAGAUGACGGGAGAAAGGAGCCGUAUAGCUGAAACAAUGGAGGGAUUAGUAAACAGGCGCCUCAUGACCUUUCUGGAGGAGGCAAAGUAACUCGACUUCCGACAGGCUGCCUUCAGAAAAGGACUCGGCUCAGGCACACAUUGAUUCCUUUGAAAAGGUAGUCCGUCGGGCACUCAAGGAAAACAAGUACUUUUUAGCGAGCGGAUGUCCGUGUUGGCAGUCACUCUUUACCUCGUAUAUAGGAGUACUCUAUUCGAUGCUUUACCGAAGGAGUUUCUAUAUUCAUAUAUGCUGGUGAUAUUCUGGUGGCGAUUGGGAUCACAAAAGCUAGAACCAGGAUAACAUUGAAUGUAAUUGUUAAUAACACAGGCCGAUGGGUCGGAACAACCAGUUUUAAUAUUGUCCCAAAAAAUGCGACACCGCGCACUGCUGCAACCAUCACGUUGCAUUCGGUAUAUCCUUGCAAAUCGCCGGUUUGACUAUACCAUUUAGAAGGGAUCAAAAGUUCUCGUAAUUAUGAUUGAUCGGAGCAUAAACUUUACAUCCCACGAGAAUUACCCGCACCCACAUUAUCUCCCAAGUAAAUUUACCACUAUGCCCCACAUGCAACAGGGUCUGGGUUAUUUGGCAUAAAGUCAUUUGACAUAAGAUCAUUUAGCAUAACGGUUAUUUGGUAUAACUUUGAGAAUUGAUCACACUGAAGGGCAUUUGGCAGAAUUUUGAGAAAUGACCACACAGUGGAUCAUUUCCCUUUUUUAUACCUACAGGGAAACAGACAUAAUUUUAAAUUGUGCGGGAUGUAAGGUCAUUCAGCAUAAACGCGUGCUACUGCUGAAUGUUAAUUAAUUAGUUUAUUCUUUUUCUUGCCUAAUGUGGCUACGCCACAUUGCUUCAAGUCACGUGCUGACAUCGUUGUCGCUCCGUCGGACUUAACUAAUUCAUAGCCCCUAAGUUUAAGUAAUUGGGGCAAACGAGCGGAUCACAGGUUUGCUUGUAAGGGGCCGCCGCUUCCGCUGGCGGGUCGGCGGCAGCUUCGCCCGGCGGACCUUUGGAUUAGGUACGCUGCCUUCGCCCCAAGUGCUAGAGUAGUGUAACAACCGAUUACUCAAUACAGUGAAGAUC